UGUGGUUCAUGGCGCGGCUAUUGAAACAAAUGUUUUUUCCUAGGUCAAAUUUUAUCAAAACAUUUACAAACAUUAACCUUUAAAACUAGCAUAAAUAUUGGGCAAAACAUCGAAUCGAAUGCAAAUUUAAGCAAUCGUAUUAGUUCUUUGUCAGAAGAGAGACAAAUCAAGGAUCAAGUUCAGCAAUUUCAGUCAAAAUGUCGUGCUGCAACUUAGAAAUGGUGGGCAAAGUGUGCUGCAUUGUAUUGAUUCUGCUACAAGGCGCUGUCCUCGACUACUAUCUAGCCGUGAAACACGCCUCAAAAUCACUAGGGUUCAUAGCUACUGACAUAGUAGUCGUUAUCGUAUGGAUAGCUGUGGUAUUUGUGGCCAAAAGGCGAUGUCAUAUUCACAUGAAGCUUCGCCUCCCUCGUUGCCCUCGACUUCGGAUGAGGUGGAAGGGAAGGGACCGCGGAGAUAGGAUCGAUGCACCAGAUGAGGAGUAUCCUGACGAACUACCCUACGCCUUUAUCGCCUGGUUCGCCUACACUGCUAUAACGCUUGUUCCCGAAAUCGUUGUGAUAUUCAAGAAUUUCGCAGAUGAGCUAGAAGAUGUGAAGAUUCUUGGUCAGAAUGUUUUGAAGGUAGCUUUAUGCAUCACCCCUAUGCUUUUUCUUCUGCUUGUGAACUCCCACCAUAAUACCAAACAGUCUGCUAGGAAAUGGUACAUAGAUAAACUGACAGGAGGCGUAACGCUAGAUCUCAUGGACAGUAUCGACAUACUAGAGGUUCUCUUUCUAAAGGAUGCUAUUGUAGACCUCCCAGUUGCACUUGAGAAUAUCAUAAUUGCAUUUGCUUGCAUCAACUUUUUUCUCCCAACACUAGCUCUGCUUGAGUUAAGUGUGAAUAAGUUUGAUGGGCAAGUGAGAUCAGUGUCAUUCCAGAUUUUAUACUCACUGAGUUACAUUGGGCUGGUGAAUGUGCCAUUUUGGAUCAUCCGUGUUUACAUAUGGUGGGUUUUCAGCCAAGACGUGUCUGUCUUCAUUGCCAAAAAUAUUAUCAUGACUGUGAUAUACUCAAUGGAUAUAUAUGAAUCCCUGACAUCUGAGAGACCAAGGAAAUGUGAAAUAUGUGGCAACUCAUUCUUGAAAUCUUGUUUUGAGGAUCAUAUCAACCAGUGUAAAAAGCCAGAAAGUCUGACUGGAAAUGACCAAGAACUACAACAAGUUUAAGUCUGGCCACGAG